ACAAUCAAAGAAACAUUUAAAGGAUUUUAGGUUAAGAUUGUCUAUAAAAGUUGUCAACUCAUUUGAAGUAAAAGCGACAUCGCUUAUUGACUUAUUGUUCGUUAUUUGGAAUUGAAGAAAAUGGCAAGUUCAAGUAAAACUUUAGAAGAGAAAUUCUUGUGGGAAGAAGGAGAGGAAUCGCUUGGUGAAGAAGUGCUUCGCAUGUCAACAGACGAAAUUGUGAGCAGGACACGACUAUUGGAUAAUGAAAUAAAAAUAAUGAAAAGUGAUGUUAUGAGAAUCUCACACGAACUUCAAGCUCAAAACGAGAAAAUAAAGGAAAACACAGAGAAAAUUAAAGUUAAUAAGACUUUGCCUUACUUGGUGUCCAAUGUCAUUGAGUUGCUGGAUGUAGACCCUCAGGACACAGAGGAGGAUGGGGCUGUUGUAGACUUGGAUGCUCAGAGGAAAGGCAAAUGUGCAGUCAUCAAAACUUCCACCAGACAGACAUAUUUCCUACCAGUUAUCGGGCUGGUAGACGUGGAGAAGCUGAAGCCUGGUGACCUAGUAGGGGUGAACAAAGACUCUUACCUGAUCUUGGAGACUCUACCGGCCGAGUAUGAUGCUAGAGUCAAGGCCAUGGAGGUGGACGAGCGGCCGACUGAGCAGUACUCGGACAUUGGUGGGCUCGACAAGCAGAUCCAAGAGCUGAUUGAAGCAGUCGUGCUGCCAAUGACCCACAAGGAAAAGUUUGAAAACCUUGGUAUCCAGCCUCCAAAGGGCGUGUUACUGUAUGGCCCUCCUGGAACAGGAAAGACAUUGCUGGCCCGAGCGUGUGCUGCACAGACCAAAUCAACAUUUCUGAAGCUGGCUGGUCCACAGUUGGUGCAAAUGUUCAUCGGUGAUGGAGCCAAGCUUGUGAGAGAUGCAUUUGCACUCGCCAAGGAAAAGGCACCGGCCAUCAUUUUUAUUGAUGAGUUGGACGCUAUCGGCACAAAGCGGUUCGACUCUGAGAAGGCUGGAGACAGGGAGGUACAGAGGACAAUGUUGGAGCUGCUCAAUCAGCUGGACGGCUUCAGCUCUACUGCCGACAUCAAGGUGAUUGCCGCUACAAACCGAGUGGACAUUCUAGACCCUGCUCUGCUGCGGUCAGGUCGACUGGACCGUAAAAUCGAAUUUCCCCACCCCAACGAGGAGGCAAGAGCUCGUAUCAUGCAGAUCCACUCCCGCAAGAUGAAUGUCAGUCCUGACGUCAACUUCGAGGAGCUCUCUCGCUCCACUGAUGACUUCAACGGGGCCCAGUGCAAGGCUGUCUGUGUUGAGGCGGGAAUGAUUGCUCUGAGACGAGGAGCAGCUGCUGUGACUCAUGAAGACUUCAUGGAUGCCAUCUUGGAAGUCCAAGCCAAGAAGAAAGCUAACCUCAACUACUACGCUUAAAGUGGUGUCUUGUAUUUGGCGCAGUGUUGUCAUCCUUCCUUUGCUGCAAAUUCGUUAUUUUUUAAGAAAGUAAAUAUUUAUAAUUCACCUAAUA